CCACGCCGUCGUUACCGGGGCCGCUUCGUUCCCUCGUGCCACCCGUCCCCAUGCCGGGAGCAGCCGUCACCGCACCGCCGCAGCCAUGAGCAACGCGACGGCUCCCAGCGCUCCCGGCGCUGCGGGCGAUUCGUUGGUGGGCUCCGUGCUCGGCCCCUUCGUGCUGCUCACACUGCUGGGCGCCGUCCUGGCUGCGGUGAUGUACGUCCAGAAGAAGCGAAGGUCGGAGCGCCUGCGGCACCGCCUGCUGCCCAUGUACAGCUAUGACCCUGCUGAGGAGCUGCAGGAGUCGGAGCACGAGCUGCUGGUGGAGGCGGAGGAGCACCAGAUGGGUCCCACGUGGGGCUCCCGUGGGGGCUGGAGGGCUUGAGGCUGCCCUGGAGCAGGACUGGAACCCACAGCUCCCCCCAGCAGUGGCAGCACAGCACCGGGAGCAGCGCCAGCAUCCCCAUGAGCACGGAUGGUAACGGGGCACCUGCCACCUUCCUGCACAUUUUUCUGCUGCUUUUUCUUGAAACCACCCUAAAAAAAAUGCACUGAGGAUGGGGUGGGGAAAUGCACUGGGGCUGUGAGACAGGUGCAGCCCCACGGAGCACCCAUGGGCUCCUAUUGGCCCUAUAUGGUGCUUGCGGGGUCAGGACACCCCAAGUUCCUUGAGGGGGGCAAAUAAACGUUUCUCUGUAACAGCAAUAGCAGUGGUGAUGGGCAGACCCCACACGGGGCUCAACCCCAGACCCCAUAGGAGGCUCAAUCCCAGAGCAGAGCAUCAAAUGUUUUAUUCCAUAAAACGUUUUAUUCAAGUAACUGCAAAUAGGAAACCAGACGGUUGUUAACAGUGGAACAAAAAAAUAAACAGUAAUAAAUCCCCCCUUA